AAGUCGCGUGACCCCGGAAGUGACAGGCAGGGCGGGCGCGCGGGCGGGGCGGCCUACGAGGUUCGUCAUUUAGUGCGGGAGGGAGCCAGAGCCGCGCCGCCGAAGCCUCCGGUGUCCCGACCCGGGUUAAGAGUGAGCAUGGCUGAGCAGGAGCCCACAGCCGAGCAGCUGGCCCAGAUUGCAGCAGAGAAUGAGGAGGAUGAGCACUCAGUCAACUACAAGCCCCCUGCCCAGAAGAGCAUCCAGGAGAUCCAGGAGCUGGACAAGGAUGAUGAGAGCCUGCGGAAGUACAAGGAGGCCUUGCUGGGCCGCGUGGCUGUUUCUGCAGACCCUAACGUCCCCAACGUCGUCGUGACUGGCCUGACCCUGGUGUGCAGCUCGGCCCCGGGACCCCUGGAGCUGGACCUGACAGGCGACCUGGAGAGCUUCAAGAAGCAAUCGUUUGUGCUGAAGGAGGGCGUGGAGUACCGGAUAAAAAUCUCUUUCCGGGUGAACAGAGAGAUCGUGUCCGGCAUGAAGUACAUCCAGCACACGUACAGGAAAGGCGUCAAGAUUGAUAAGACUGACUACAUGGUGGGCAGCUACGGGCCUCGGGCCGAGGAGUACGAGUUCCUGACCCCCGUGGAGGAGGCGCCCAAGGGCAUGCUGGCCCGGGGCAGCUACAGCAUCAAGUCCCGCUUCACAGACGACGACAAGACUGACCACCUGUCCUGGGAGUGGAAUCUUACCAUCAAAAAGGAGUGGAAGGACUGAGUCCCGGCCAGAGGCAGACAGGGCAGAUGGACGGACGGACGGACGACGGACAGGCGGAUGUGUCCCCAGCCCCUCCCUCCCCCAUACCAAAGUGCUGACAGGCCCUCUCUCAUCACUCCCACCCUGGUCCGCCUUCCUGGCGCGGCCCAGCCGAGUGCCUCCGACCCUCUCAGCCCUCCCCUGCCCACAGGCCCAGCCUCCUCGGUGGUCUCGUGUCUCGUUGCUGCUUCUGCCUGUGCUGUGGGGGAGAACGGCCCUGGCCAGGCCUCUGCUGCCCUUUCCUUGCCCCUCAGGUCUUGUCUCCCCAUCACACCUGAGGCCUGGCCUCAGGAAGGAGUGGAGCAGCCCAGGGGGCGCACGGGUGCUUCCAUUCUCCCAAGCCCCGUGGCUGCCCAGGACACGUUUGUCUGCUGCCCCACGGCGGAGCUGGGAUGUGGGAUGCAGGGCCUCCUGGGGACCAGGCCGCCCUCCAGCCCCGCCCCUCCCACCCCGCCCGGUUGCUGUCAGUCCUGUCUAACCAUGAUGCCUUAACAUGUGGAACGUGCCGUGGGGGCCUCACUAACCUCUAACUCCCUAUGUCUGCAUGAGCAUGUGGUCUCCCCCUCCCGUACCCGGUGGCAAACCCAGUGAUCCAGGGAGGUGUGGGCUGCUGCCGCCCUCCAGCCUACCAGUGCCUGGCCCACCUGCCCCUCCCCUGGCCAGGGCUGUGGGGAUGGCUCCAGCGGCUUGGGGAAAGCCAAAUUGCCAAAACUCGGUCACCUCAGUACCAUCCAGGAGGCUGGGUGUCGUCCUGCCUCUGCCUUUUCUGUCUCGGCGGGCGGCGCCCAGAGCCCACCCCCGAGAGAGCCCUGGACGGACAGCCUCACCCACCCCACCUGGGCCCAGCCGGGAGCCCUGCCUGGCCAUCAGUAUUUAUUGCCUCCGUCCGUGCCAUCCCUGGGCCACUAGCCUGCUGCCUGUUCCCCCAGGCUCGGUGCCACCACCCCCGGCAGGCCCUCCCUGACCCAGCCAGGAACAAACAAGGGACCAAGUGCACACAGAGCUGAGCGAGUCUCCUGUGCCUCCCCCGCCCGCCCCCGGUCUUUGUGUUGUCUGCUGGGCUCAGGCAGAGGCGCCUGUUCCUGCUUUUCUGACCGGGAAAUAAAUGUCCCUGAAGGAGC